GUAGAUUUCUUUUUUGGGAUUUGCUUAAUUGCAGAACUACUUCCUAAAUGUCACUCCGUUCCGAUUCAGAACUAUUUCAACCUCCGCCGGUGCAACAGCUCACACACUACAGGAAUUAACGAACUUCGCCAUUCCGUCACCGACGAUGGAUUCUCCGGCGAACACAUUCAAUCCGAACAAGCGUCUCAAGGAAGAGUUUGUGAGCAAUUUAAAAGGAACUUCAAUGAUGGAGUUAUUCCUUCUCAUUACCACUCUCUCGAUGCUUCUCUUUCUACGUUCAGUAUAUUCCAGUUCCAAAAAAGAUUCUGGCAGAUUGGACAUAUACUAAUGCAGUUGGGAUGACCUUAUUGGUGACAUUCUUUAUUUUAGCUAGAAGAUCUGGAUUUUCUGUUUCUCAGGAAGAGGGGGUCCGAUCUCUUAGGACAAAUAUAUCUGCAUACAGGGUUGCUAUGAAUUUUCUGGCAUGCAUAUGUAUUCUGGCUGUUGACUUCAAGAUAUUUCCUAGGAGAUAUGCUAAAACAGAGACCUACGGUACUGGCUUGAUGGACAUUGGAGUAGGUUCGUUUAUUGUGGCAAAUGCAUUGGUUUCACGACAAGCACGUGGAAUUGCAAAAACGAAUUUGAGAAAUGCAAUUUCUUCAACUUGUCCACUCAUAGUCCUGGGAUUUGCUCGAAUCUUUUUCACUUCAAGUGUUGAUUAUCAGGUUCACGUUGGUGAAUAUGGUGUGCACUGGAAUUUCUUUUUCACUCUUGCUGGUGUAGCAAUUUUGACAUCGAUAAUUAAUCUUCCACCGAGUUAUUGUGGAAUUCUGGGGUGGUUUAUUCUAGUAGGUAUUAUUGUAAUCUUGGUCCAUCUCAGAAUUUUGGUACCUUCUCAUAUGCUUGAUUUAUCUCUCUAA